ACGAUGGAGACUUGGCAGCAACCUCACAUUCCUUUGGUAAAAUGUGAAGCUUUAAGCUGCAAAACAACCCAAAUCAAUUGUUGUCGUUGGACAAUUGAGGGAUCCAAAUUUGUUGGCAUAUGCUAGUUAGAUCCAGUAUUCUUCCCAUUCUACUAAAAAGGUGGUCCAAACUCAUGAUAAUGAAUUGGCUUUACUUAUAUUGGUACGUAAUUAUAAACGAACUAAAACAAAAGUAAUUGAAUGAUCAAAGUUAACUUGACCUAAUAUGUUAUUCUUGGAAGAAAUGCAUAUCCAAGUGCACAAACAUCACACUACUAGUCUUCUAUGUUGCAGGUAUCCGUCACUUACACGAAUAAGAAUAAAUGUUCACAUACUCUUAGGCAUGAGCGAUCACCAAGCGGAGUUAAAAGGAAAGUGAAAACAUGACCAAACUUGUUUCAAAUGCAUUCCUCCAAAGAAACGCAUGUUAACUGUCGAUGAUGACAUUCCUUCUUUCAUAGUGGCGUUUUCGAUCCGAACUUCGAUGCCGACAAAACUACUAAUAUGUGUUAAAAAAAUAUUCGAGCACGCACAUGAUAGAUAGUAAAGUAAAUUAAUAAGUAAACUUGGGCCUAAUUGAAACAAGAGAGUUGCUGUCAUUCUUCAACUAAGUGUAGCACAAGAGGUUAUGAAAUCUCGAAACCAUCAUAGAUGAUCUAGCAUUUUGGAAAUGGAUUGUUACCAUCACAGUUUUGGUUAACCUAAUUAGAGCACAAAAACUAGAGGCAUACCAGUAUGCAUGAUCUAGAGAAGGAAAAAAAAAAACAUUAUAAAUAAUCUCAAUGAACCAAUCCAAAUUCAUUAUUAUAUACUUGUCAUCGACAAGAUUUAUGCAUGAUCUAGAAAAGAAAAAAAAAACAUUCCAAAAUAAUCUCAACGAACCAAUCCAAAUUCAUUAUUAUAAACUUGUCAUCGACAAGAUUUCGAACAAAUCAAGUUAGUCGGAAAACUGGCAAAUACUAAACCCUGCAAACAAAUCAACAAUUAAAUAAGUUGUUCGACCAGUUGAAUUGAAUUGAGCCCGUUUUCAACCCUAACCUGCAGGAAUGGGAAGAAUGUACACGUGCCAAAAAUUGGAAACAUCUAAUUAGCGGUUGACAUAAUAAAAGAAUUAAGCAAAUCAAUUCCCAAUGAUAUCCUAUCACGACAAAAUUGAUAAUUAAUUACCCACACCCCGUAAUAAUUGCAAAAUGAAAACCCCAAAAGCAAUGGACGGUUCCGAAUCCUUGUGACAAGAUUUAUUAUUAGUACAUAAAUAAAUAAAUUUCCCCCAAAAUUCCGCACACAAAAUUCAGAGGGAAUCAUGUGACCGUCGAUCUCUCACCCAAUAGCCAUAUGCUAAUGCCAGCCACCAAUAUUUUUAGCUCUGUUACAAGAUAUUUAUUUUUAAAAUAAUUCUCAUUUUGUCAUUCCCCUAAAUGCCCCUGACAGUUUCCUCAAUUUUGCUGCCAACCGAAGCAAUUUCACUGCAAAGUGAUGGGCAAAUCGGAUCUCGAGGUCCCAUCAAAUAUCAGAGAUCCCAAAAAAAGCACUCCACAGCUCACUCUUUCACUCUUCCUCCCCUUCAUUUCAGUGAGAGCAGAGAGAGCUAGAGCUUCGCUAAAUUCUCUGACCGGAACAAAAAUGGCGACCGCAUCGAUGGGAGCUCUCAAAGUGCCUUCAUCAUCGUCAGCUUCUCCCUCCACCAAUGCCGGCCGGAAAUCGGAGGCAAGGAGCUUGGGGUUCUGGUCGUCGAAGCUCUCCGGCGAGAAGGUUUCCUCCCGGGCAUUGUCCGCUAGACGGUCUGGGAAGAGCGGCCGGGAUGUGAGGACUCCGCUGAUCGUUUCCCCGAAGGCUGUUUCGGAUUCCAGGAACUCUCAGACCUGUCUUGAUCCUGAUGCCAGUAGGAGUGUACUAGGAGUUAUAUUGGGAGGUGGGGCUGGAACCCGGCUUUACCCACUGACCAAGAAGAGGGCAAAGCCUGCUGUCCCUCUAGGAGCUAAUUACAGGCUGAUCGAUAUCCCUGUCAGCAAUUGUUUGAACAGCAACAUUUCCAAGAUUUAUGUUCUUACCCAGUUCAACUCCGCAUCCCUUAAUCGGCACCUCUCCCGGGCUUAUGCCAGUAACAUGGGUGGCUACAAGAAUGAAGGGUUCGUGGAAGUUCUCGCCGCUCAGCAGAGUCCAGAGAAUCCCAACUGGUUCCAGGGGACGGCUGAUGCAGUGAGGCAGUACUUGUGGUUGUUUGAGGAGCAUAAUGUGCUGGAGUAUUUGGUUCUUGCUGGGGAUCAUCUUUAUCGAAUGGACUACGAGAAAUUUAUUCAGGCGCAUAGGGAGACUGAUGCAGACAUUACCGUUGCUGCAUUGCCGAUGGAUGAGAAGCGUGCUACUGCAUUUGGUCUGAUGAAGAUCGAUGAAGAAGGUCGGAUUAUUGAGUUUGCCGAGAAACCCAAAGGCGACCAGCUUAAAGCUAUGAAGGUUGAUACGACUAUCUUGGGCCUGGAUGAUCAAAGAGCAAAAGAGAUGCCUUACAUCGCUAGCAUGGGUAUAUAUGUGGUCAGCAAACAUGUGAUGCUAGAGCUACUCAGGGAUAAGUUUCCUGGGGCCAAUGAUUUUGGUAGUGAAGUAAUCCCUGGAGCUACAUCCAUUGGCAAGAGAGUGCACGCUUACCUGUAUGAUGGAUACUGGGAAGAUAUUGGUACGAUUGAGGCUUUUUACAAUGCGAAUCUUGGAAUAACAAAGAAACCAAUUCCAGAUUUCAGCUUCUAUGAUCGGUCUUCUCCUAUCUACACGCAACCCCGGUACUUACCUCCAUCCAAGAUGCUUGAUGCUGAUGUCACAGACAGUGUGAUUGGGGAAGGAUGUGUCAUUAAGAACUGCAAAAUCCACCAUUCCGUGGUUGGGCUCCGGUCCUGCAUCUCAGAAGGUGCAAUCAUCGAAGAUACUUUACUGAUGGGAGCUGACUACUAUGAGACUGAUGCAGAUAGGAGUUUCUUGGCUGCCAAGGGUAGCGUCCCUAUUGGCAUCGGCAAGAACUCCCACAUCAGGAGAGCAAUCAUCGACAAGAAUGCUCGAAUUGGUGACAACGUGAUGAUCCUUAACAACGACAAUGUGCAAGAAGCGGCAAGGGAAACUGAUGGGUACUUCAUCAAGAGUGGGAUUGUGACUGUGAUCAAGGACGCGUUGAUUCCUAGUGGAACCGUGAUCUAAAGAAGAAGCAAGUGUUUUCUUCAGUUAAGUACUGCUUCUAGUUGUCUCGAGAGCCGGAUGGUAGAAAAGUUGAGUUGUUUAGGCUCUUUUUAAUCCUUUUUACUGCAUGAUGUAUGUGUUUCUUCUCUCCUGGCUUGGGGCUGGGUUGUAUAGUUAAACAAACAUUGUCAAGCAUGGUGACAGCAUAGAGGGAGAGCACUCAAUAAAUCCCAAAAAAGAAC